AGGCCCCGCGCCUGCGUGCAGCCUCUCGCUCGCUCGCGCGCUCGGGCGGGCGGGCUGAGGAGACGAGUCGAGCCCCCGCCGCUGCUGCCGCCCGGGGGAAAAACCUGGGCGUCCGCUUGGCGUUGCCUCGAUUGCCAUAACCCCGCGCCCCUCACCCGCGGCCGGGCCAUGGCGGAACGCGGAGGGGUGGGCGGUGGUCCCGGAGGCGCCGGGGGUGGCAGCGGCCAGCGGGGCUCUGGGGUCGCCCAGUCUCCGCAGCAGCAGCCAGCGCCGCAGCAGCCGACGCCGCAGCAGCCAACGCCCCCCAAGCUGGCCCAGGCCACCUCAUCGUCCUCGUCCACCUCGGCGGCGGCCGCCUCCUCCUCGUCUUCGUCCACCUCCACCUCCAUGGCCGUAGCGGUGGCCUCGGGUUCCGCGCCUCCGGGCGGCCCGGGGCCAGGCCGCACCCCCGCCCCGGUGCAGAUGAACCUGUACGCCACCUGGGAGGUGGACCGGAGCUCGUCCAGCUGCGUGCCCAGGCUGUUCAGCUUGACCCUGAAGAAGCUUGUUAUGCUGAAAGAAAUGGACAAAGAUCUUAACUCCGUGGUCAUUGCUGUGAAGCUACAGGGUUCAAAAAGGAUUCUUCGCUCCAACGAGAUCAUCCUUCCAGCCAGUGGACUGGUGGAAACAGAGCUCCAAUUAACCUUCUCCCUUCAGUACCCUCACUUCCUGAAGCGAGAUGCCAACAAGCUGCAGAUCAUGUUGCAAAGGAGAAAGCGUUACAAGAACCGGACCAUCUUGGGCUAUAAGACCCUGGCUGUGGGACUUAUCAACAUGGCGGAGGUGAUGCAGCACCCGAAUGAAGGCGCGCUGGUGCUGGGCCUGCACAGCAACGUGAAGGACGUCUCUGUGCCUGUGGCAGAAAUAAAGAUCUACUCCCUGUCCAGCCAGCCCAUUGACCACGAAGGAAUCAAAUCCAAGCUGUCCGAUCGCUCUCCUGAUAUUGACAAUUAUUCUGAGGAAGAGGAGGAGAGUUUCUCGUCAGAACAGGAAGGCAGUGACGAUCCACUGCAUGGGCAGGACCUGUUCUAUGAAGAUGAGGACCUACGGAAGGUAAAGAAGACCCGGAGGAAACUCACCUCAACCUCCGCCAUCACAAGGCAACCUAACAUCAAACAGAAGUUUGUGGCCCUCCUGAAGCGGUUUAAAGUUUCAGAUGAGGUGGGCUUUGGGCUGGAACACGUGUCCCGGGAGCAGAUCCGCGAGGUGGAAGAGGACUUGGAUGAACUGUAUGACAGUCUGGAGAUGUACAACCCCAGUGACAGUGGCCCUGAAAUGGAGGAGACGGAGAGCAUCCUUAGCACUCCAAAGCCCAAGCUCAAGCCCUUCUUUGAGGGGAUGUCGCAGUCCAGCUCACAGACGGAGAUCGGCAGCCUCAACAGCAAGGGCAGCCUCGGCAAAGACACCACCAGCCCUAUGGAAUUGGCUGCUCUAGAAAAAGUCAAAUCUGCGUGGAUUAAAAAUCAAGAUGACAGCUUGACUGAAACAGAAACUCUGGAGAUCACUGACCAGGACGUGUUUGGAGACGGGAGCACCAGUCUGGUUGUGCCAGAGAAAGUCAGGACACCCAUGAAGUCCAGCAGAACAGAUCUCCAAGGCUCUGCCUCGCCCAGCAAAGUGGAAGGGGGACACACCCCCCGGCAGAAGAGGAGCACGCCCCUGAAGGAGCGGCAGCUCUCCAAGCCCUUGAGUGAGAGGACCAACAGCUCCGACAGCGAGCGGUCCCCAGACCUCGGCCACAGCACACAGAUUCCAAGAAAGGUGGUGUAUGACCAACUGAAUCAGAUCCUGGUGUCAGAUGCUGCCCUCCCAGAAAAUGUCAUCCUCGUGAACACCACAGACUGGCAGGGCCAGUACGUGGCAGAGCUGCUCCAGGACCAGCGGAAGCCUGUCGUGUGCACCUGUUCCACCGUGGAGGUCCAGGCCGUGCUGUCCGCCCUGCUCACCCGUAUCCAACGCUACUGCAACUGCAACUCCUCGAUGCCGAGGCCAGUGAAGGUGGCAGCCCUGGGCGGCCAGACGUACCUAAGCUCUAUCCUCCGGUUCUUCGUCAAGUCGCUGGCCAGCAAGACCUCCGACUGGCUUGGCUACAUGCGCUUUCUCAUCAUUCCCCUCGGUUCUCACCCUGUGGCCAAAUACUUGGGCUCAGUCGACAGUAGAUACAGCAGCACCUUCCUUGAUUCUGCCUGGAGAGACCUGUUCAGCCGCUCGGAGCCCCCAGUGUCAGAGCAACUGGACGUGGUGGGGCGGGUGAUGCAGUACGUCAACGGGGCGGGCGUGACGCACCAGCUUCCUGUGGCUGAAGCCAUGCUGACCUGCAGGCAUAAGUUCCCUGAUGAAGACUCAUAUCAGAAGUUUAUCCCCUUCAUUGGUGUGGUGAAGGUGGGUCUGGUUGAAGACUCUCCUUCCACUACAGGUGAUGGGGACGACUCACCUGUGGUCAGCCUUACCGUGCCCUCCACCUCACCGCCCUCCAGCUCAGGCCUGAGUCGAGAUGCCACAGCCACCCCGCCAUCCUCCCCGUCCAUGAGCAGUGCCCUGGCCGUUGUGGGGAGCCCCAACAGUCCGUAUGGGGACGUGAUUGGCCUCCAGGUGGACUACUGGCUGGGCCACCCCGGGGAGCGGAGGAGGGAAGGUGACAAGAGAGACGCCAGCUCCAAGAACACCCUCAAGAGCGUCUUUCGCUCAGUACAGGUUUCCCGCUUGCCCCAUGGUGGGGAGGCCCAGCUUUCUGGCACCAUGGCAAUGACUGUGGUCACCAAAGAGAAGAACAAGAAAGUUCCUACCAUCUUCCUGAGCAAGAAACCUCGAGAAAAAGAGGUGGAUUCUAAGAGCCAGGUCAUCGAAGGCAUCAGCCGCCUCAUUUGCUCUGCCAAGCAGCAGCAGACCAUGCUGAGAGUGUCCAUCGACGGAGUCGAGUGGAGUGACAUCAAGUUCUUCCAGCUGGCGGCCCAGUGGCCCACCCAUGUCAAGCACUUUCCAGUGGGACUGUUCAGUGGCAGCAAGACCACCUGAGGGCACUGUCUCCAGGCCACUCCCUCCUGGCAUUGCCACCAGCCUCGCCACCUGCGGGCAGGAGGAGGCCAGCGGGCCCAGGCUCAGCACCCCUUCCCUGGUGCGGGGCCUGCGUCUCCCUCGCCCAGUCCUGAAGGACACUGCCACUGGGGACACUGCCCCUCCCCACUGCUCCGUCCCCUGGGGCAGACCCCUCCCUUCUCCGCAGCCCCACCCCCAAGGCAUGUUGAUUUUGCCUUGUGGCACCCGGUCCCUGGAAUUGAGUCCUCCAGGCCUGCCUUCCCCUGACUCCCAACCUCUUCCCCCCACGUGGCACCAGUUCUCUUCGCUGAAAUAGGAAACCUGGCGGGGAGCCCAGCCCUCCCCUUGCCCUCCCUACAGCCCAGCUGAUGGAGCUGCUCAGGCUGAGCCCUCGGGACCCUCCCCGCCUCGCUCCCAGGACUUCUGUGGGAGUGCUGUGUAUUCUGCGAGGGAGAGGCCUUUCUGGUCUCCCCCACACGCAUCUUCACCGCCCCGCCAGGCCCCCUGUAGCUGCGGCCUGGGUCCUGAGCAUUUCUUUGGUUCUUUGCACGGCCAGUCUCUUGGUAGUCCCAUGUGACUCACCUGGGCACCGGUCCCUGUCCUGUGCUUCCCCUUGUUGAUUCUCCCUCUGCCUCCCCCCCACCCCCAGCACACUCUUGUCUCUUCCUGAAGUUCUGGACUCUGCAGGAGGGGGCAGACCCCCAUCGGUGCGUUGUCUGUGGCGCCCCAGCCCCUUUACCCUCGUUCCCAGCACGUCCCUCUGCCCCGCUGUUCGUGCCGUGUUCUUCGCCUCACUCCUGGGCCCCUGGUCUGGGCCAAGACCCCAUUCUCCCAGCGCGGGGUCCCUUCCACAGGCUUCAUUCCUUCCCUCUCCCCGCGGGCUCAGGGUCUGAGCUUCUCCCCAGCCUCAGCCUGAGUCAGCCUUCUCAGGAGAGGCUGAGCACACUGGGUCAAGAUCCCAGCCACAGCCCUCCGUUCCCCACCAGCACCUCCAGAACUUGAUCGUUGCCCUCUCACCCCUUCCAGAAGUUUGCACAGAACUUCAUUUUGAAAAGUCUCUCAUUCUCCAUACCUCCCCCGCACUGCUCCAGCCCUGACGCACGGCUCAGCCCGGCCGCCCUGAGCGCCUCCCAGGCGCGUGGCACUCCCAGCCGGAGGGAGUGAGGAGCAGGAGGGACCGAGUGGAUGCUGGGUUUUUCAUUGAAUAAACCGGUGAUUUCUUACCA